UGUUGGGACAGACAGCAUUAUUUGUUUAAAGUGUUUUGUUUACUAAAGACAACCCUAGACUUCACCAUGAGAUUUUUCCUCCUUUUGACUUUAUUGGCAGUCGGCAUUUUCCUCACAAGUGCUAUCCAACCACUUGGAAAAGGCUACAACAGUCACUGCAUGUGUUUGAAGCUGGAGUCCAGGGUGAUCCCACAACACAACCUGCGCAGUGUCGAAAUCUUUCCUAGAGGCUCUCACUGCAAGAAUACAGAGGUCAUUGCUGGCUUGGUGAGUGGAGAAAAGAUUUGCCUGAAUCCUCAGACUAUGUGGGUUAAGAAACUUAUCCGCUUCAUUGAGAAGAAAGAGAGAGUGAUAAAGACUGCAUAAAGAACAGCAAAAAAUGAAGAUGUUCAUCAAUGGGAGAUAAUAUGUAUAUAUCAAUGUAUGCAUAUAUCCAGAUCAAUCUGUGAAAAUGUAUAUUCUCUGGUCUCUUACUACUAGACUAUGAUUUCAUCAGCAACUUAAAUUAUUAACUUAAUGCAGUAUUUAUUUCUAAGAAUGUCAAAAAUGAUGGUCUUACAAUUAAUAUGUGUUCUUAUAAUCUCUUCACACCACACAUCUACCUCCAGUUUCACUAUGCUUGUUAUUAAUAGCUGUAAGGCAAUUCAUUACCAUCAGACCAUUCACACAAAUCACUUAGGUUAGUUUUAAACUGAUCUGUAAAAAGAGCUGAUUAAAACAACUGAUUAAUAUAUUAUUUAUGUACAGAACCUAGUCACUAAGUUAAACAUAGACAAAACAUUUAAAUGUCUGUAACCUUUACCAAUGAGUAACCUGCUAUAAGAAAAUACAAGAGUAUUCAACUAAAAUGUGAAUAUUCAAACGAC